GCUGCCUGAGACCCGUGUGGUGACCACACCAUGUCUCUCGUGCUGCUGAGCCUGGCUGCACUGUGCAGAAUCAUCUUGAUGCAAGAGCCGACUAUUCAGUGUGGCUCUGAAAAUGGGCCAUCUCCAGAAUGGACCGUCCGGCACCCUCUGACCCCAGGAGAUCUGAGGCACCUCCGCGUGGAACUUGCUGAAACCAAUGCUACAAGAGUGGACCAUUUGGUUUUGAUGAACAUAAGCUGGGAGCUUAGGGCAGAUGCCAGCAUCCUCUCGUUGAAGGCCACCAAGAUCUGUGUGACGGGCAAAAGCAGCUUCCAGUCAUACAGCUGUGUGAGGUGCAAUUACACAGAGGCUUUCCAGCGGCAGACCAGCCCCUCUGGUGGCAAGUGGACGUUCUCCUACGUAGGCUUCCCCGUGGCACCAAGCACACUCUAUUUCAUCGGGGCUCAUAACAUCCCCAAUGCAAAUAUGAAUGAGGACACCCCUUCGCUGUCUGUGAACCUCACCUCACCAGGCUGCCAAGACCCCAUAAUGAAACACAAGAAGAAGUGUAUCGAGGAAGGAAGCCUGUGGGAUCCCCACAUCACUGCUUGUAAGAAGGAUGAGGAGACUGUUGAAGUGAAUUUUACAACCAGUCCCCUUGGAAACAGAUACUUGGUUGUCAUCCAGUACGGCGUUGUACUUGGUUUUUCUAACGUGCAGGAGAACAGGCCAACAAGAACUUCUGUAGUCGUUCAGGUGAAGGGACAAACUGAAGGUGCUACGGUUCAGUUGAUUCCGUAUUUCCAGUCAUGCGGCAAUGACUGCAUCCGACGGAGAGGAACUGUUGAGCUUUGCCUACAGACGGAUUCAUUAAACACAGGCAUGGUGGCAGCCUGGCUAGGCCUCAUGUUCGUCAUGGUCCUUGUAUGGGUGCUGAUAGGCUGGCUUUGUGGAACAUGGAGAUGUGACAGGGGCCAGAAAGCUUUCCCUCCUGCCACCACGCUACCGCCCCUCAUUAAGGUUCUUGUGGUUUCCUCCCCCGAAGUAUGUUUCUACCACACUGUCUGUUACUUCAUUGAAUUUCUUCAAAAGCACUGCAGAAGUGAGGUCAUCCUUGCCCAGUGGCAGAAAAAGAAGAUAGCGGAGAUGGGCCCAGUGCAGUGGCUUACGGCUCAGAAGAAAGCAGCAGACAAAGUGAUCUUCCUUCUUUCCAAUGUUGGCAGUGCCGCGUGUGAUGAGAGCUGUGGCCAGGGCAAGGGCAGCCCCAGGGAGAGCUCGCAAGACCUGUUCCCUCUAGCCUUUAACCUUUUCUGCAGUGACCUGAGCAGCCAGACCCAUCUGCACAAGUACAUAGUGGUCUACUUCAGAGGCGUGGACCCCAAGGAUGACUACAGCGCUCUCCACAUCUGCCCCAAGUACCACCUUAUGAGGGAAGCCACUGCGCUCUGCACUGCGCUUCUCUGCGUCACGCCGCGCACGUCGGUGGAGAAGCAGUCAUGAGCAGGCCACGGCGCGGCUCCCUCUUGCGCCCUAGCCACGAGAAGGGGGAGGAUUCAAAGUUCUCUAAAUGUCUCAGCCAACAGUUCCUGGGGAAAAACCUGUGUGAAAACCCUGAAGUUUUACCCUAUCGGCUGCUUAUAGGGAAGAUCAUAACUGCACACAAAUGCCUAAGGCUACUCGUUAAAAUUGUUCUGCUAUAAAAUCGUUACCGACAAGAUGGGCGUGACAGAGCGCGCUGGUAAUCCCAGCACGUGGGAA